CCUUACUUCACAUUUCCGCUUUAAGCCAUCUAGCCGCAUAUACUGUACAUGAUAUCGACGAGUGGUGUUUUCGAAAAGCAUGCUGGGUAAUGGGAUUCUCUCUUUCCGGCUAAGACGCCAUCAUAUUGAACACCAUGGGAGCAUAUCGUUAUAUGCAGGAGUUGUGGCGAAAGAAGCAGUCAGAUGUGAUGCGCUUCUUGCUCCGUGUGCGGUGCUGGCAAUAUAGGCAACUGUCAAACCUUCACCGUGCUCCAAGACCUACCAGACCAGAUAAAGCCCGUAGGUUGGGUUAUAAGGCUAAACAAGGUUAUGUGAUUUACCGUAUCCGUGUGCGCCGUGGAGGUCGCAAACGCCCUGUACCCAAGGGGGCCACUUAUGGAAAGCCAGUGAACCAUGGUGUGAAUCAGAUCAAGUUUGCCCGCAGUUUGCAGUCCACUGCUGAGGAACGCGCUGGCCGUCACUGUGGUGCCCUGAGAGUGCUUAACUCUUACUGGGUGGGUGAAGACUCAACUUACAAGUUCUUUGAGGUCAUCUUGAUAGACCCCUUCCAUAAGGCUAUAAGGCGUAACCCGGACACCCAGUGGAUCACAAAGCCCGUGCACAAGCACAGAGAGAUGCGCGGCCUAACCUCCGCGGGCAAGAAAAGCCGUGGCCUUGGCAAGGGUCACAAGUUCCACCAGACCAUCGGAGGUUCCCGCCGGGCGGCGUGGAAGAGGCGUAAUACUCUGCAGCUGCACCGUUAUCGUUAGGGCUCAUGUUUCUGAAGAUAAAGAUACAUUAAAUAACCUUCAUUUGGAA